UUCGGCCGCUCGUCACCGGCGCCCGCGGGAAAUUCGAAAUGGCGACUUGUAAAGGUGAUUCUGAAGGCGACAAAAGUCUCGUACAAAAUCAGGACGAAAAACAAGUGAUUGCAAACGAAUCUUCAGUAGCAGGUGAUCCUCCAGGUGAGCCUGAUGGAGCACGGAUGAUGCACCUCAGGGAUGCACUGAGGAAAACAAUCCAAAAAUGCAUUGAUUCGGCCAAGUUCAGCACAUUCAACAGGCACUAUGGGAAGCACAUGGCAGACAGGAACCCACAAGCCUUGAAGAGUCUCCUGCAACAAUUUAAAGAACAGCUUGAGAAAUCCAUCAAGGAAGAGAUUGAGCUGAUGAUUGAUGAAGAGAAUUUAGUUCAUCUGUUCAAUGAGCUUGACAAGCUUAUAGAUGGGACAAGCAACGAGGGCAACCCGGUAGCAUGGCGGCCUUCUGGUGAGCCAGAGAAGGAUUGCCAGAGGCAAGUGUACAAGGAAAAGCUGAAGGAGAAAGAGAAGCUGGAGAGAGUCCUACAAGAAGUAGAAGCAGAGGGUAGCAGACUCCAAGAGGUUAUCAAGGGUCAGAGACAAAAGCUUGGAAAGACACAAAUGAAGAUCAAUCACCAACUAGAAGCAUUCAAUCAGGCUGCUGCAUCAUGUGAUCAAGUUCCUAUAACCGAGCUAGAGAAGGUCCUCCAUCAGUUAUGCUCCUCAAUACCUGCUACGUGAUGGAUCCUGACUCUGCCUGGCUGGCUAUGUCAAAGGUCAAUGGUAUUGUCAUUACGAAGUGUAAAUUGUGAAAACAAUCAUCGCUCUUUUUUAUCCAAUUUAAAAAUACCAAUGCCUCAUGGACUACAUGUAUGUAAUCAUGGUUGAAUCCAUUUCGUGAAGAAGAUAUAAGCAGGACUUCCAUGUAAGGGGUUAAUAUUAGUAUUGUGUGAAAUGAGAGGGUUCUGAUUUAAAGCUCAAUAAAAUAAUCAAAUCAUGGAUCUUCCUGAAUUUUAGAUAGUCAUUGUUCCGCCCCCUUUGUGUAAUAUGAUCUUUUAGUUUUCAAAUAUUAUUUAUUUUAUCUAUCAUGUUUUCAUAUUACCAAAUAAAUCCUAGGUUUUGACACCAAAACAAAUGAUGUCUCUAGCAUGGCUAUGGCUACUUUUCAGGUUUCAGCAGCCAUCUUGGAUUACAAAAUGUCCACCAGCUUAGGUGCUGUAUUGAAUUUAAGGCUACUCUAAUAUUUGAUUAUUCUUCAAACCAUACCAUACCAUUACAUAUCCUGACCUCUAGAACAUACUUUUCAUCUUGCUAAUUACAGCUUUACUGUAAAUAGUACCGGUAACUAUUUUUAAGGUAUUGGUACUUUCCCGAUUG